AUGUCAAACGACGGCGCAUCAGCACCACUUGAUCGGCACGUAGACCCAACUCCACCCCCUCCAUCUCAACCAGCACCCGGAAAUGCGUCUGAUGGGUCCGUAUUACCUCACUCCAAUGGAAACGGAACUGAUGAUAACGUUGGACAGCAAAAUGGGGUCGUGGUGCCGUCCUAUGCAACAAACAGGCUGAGGCUCAACCCCAACUCGGAUCACAAGCCGGAUAGCUAUGACAACCUGGAUUUAGAUUUUAGCCCGUUUCUCUUCAGCUCAUUGGAGAGGUACCUUCCAUCCAACCUCCUCCCCCUGUCGCGUGAGGUGAAGGUCACGUACAUGCGUGAUGUCCUCCUCCGAUACUCCCCUGAAAGUGAACGCAUCCGGUUCCAGAAGCAUAGAGAAUACAGGCAAAAGAUUAUAUCCAACUAUCAGCGCUUACAUAGGGAGCUUUACACAAUGCAUGCUACAACCUUCUUUGUUCCCUCUUUUCUGAAGGCAAUCAAUGAGAACACUGAACAGGGUUUUAGAAAUAUAAUGUCUGAACCCACUCCAGGAAUUUUUACAUUUGAAAUGCUCCAACCACGUUUCUGCGAAAUGUUGUUGGCUGAGGUAGAAAAUUUUGAGAAGUGGGUCCAUGAGACGAAAUUCAGAAUCAUGAGACCUAAUACAAUGAAUAAGUAUGGUGCCGUUCUUGACGAUUUUGGUAUGGAAACCAUGCUUGACAAGUUCAUGGAAGAAUUCAUACGCCCUAUAUCGAAAGUUUUCUUUCCUGAAGUUGGUGGGUCAACACUUGACGCUCAUCAUGGUUUUGUGGUUGAGUAUGGAAUGGAUAGAGAUUUGGAUCUAGGUUUCCAUGUGGAUGACUCAGAAGUCACCUUGAAUGUCUGCUUAGGGAAGCAAUUUUCUGGCGGUGAACUAUUCUUCCGUGGUGUGCGGUGCGAGAAACACGUAAAUACUGAAACUCAGUCGGAGGAGAUCUUCGACUAUCCUCACCUCCCAGGACGAGCAGUUCUUCAUCGCGGUCGCCAUCGGCAUGGUGCUAGAGCCACCACAUCUGGAAAUAGGAUAAACUUAUUGCUUUGGUGCAAGAGUUCUGUAUUCAGAGAGCUGAGGAAAUAUCAAAAAGAAUUCACCAGCUGGUGUGCAGAGUGCCAACGCGAGAAGAAAGAAAGGCAGCACCAAUUUGUUUCUGCUGCCAAACUGGAACUGCUGAGAAGAGGAGAAACUGCUACUUGA